AUGUCUCAGCAACAACUCUACUGCUAUGAUUCUAUGUCUCAGCAACAACUCUACUGCUGUGAUUCUAUGUCUCAGGAACAACUCUACUGCUGUGAUUCUAUGUCUCAGCAACAACUCUACUGCUGUGAUUCUAUGCCUCAGCAACAUCUCUACUGCUGUGAUUCUAUGCCUCAGCAACAACUCUACUGCUGUGAUUCUAUGUCUCAGGAACAACUCUACUGCUGUGAUUCUAUGUCUCAACAACAACUCUACUGCUAUGAUUCUAUGUCUCAGCAACAACUCUACUGCCGUGAUUCUAUGUCUCAGCAACAACUCUACUGCUAUGAUUCAGUGUCUCAGCAACAACUCUACUGCUAUGAUUCUAUGUCUCAGCAACAACUCUACUGCUGUGAUUCUAUGUCUCAGCAACAACUCUACUGCCGUGAUUCUAUGUCUCAGCAACAACUCUCCUGCUGUGAUUCUAUGCUUCAGCAACAACUCUACUGCUGUGAUUCUAUGCCUCAGCAACAACUCUACUGCUAUGAUUCUAUGUCUAAGCAACAACUCUACUGCUGUGAUUCUAUGUCUCAGCAACAACUCCAUGCUAUGAUUCUAUGUCUCAGCAACAACUCUACUGCUGUGAUUCAGUGUCUCAGCAACAACUCUACUGCUAUGAUUCUAUGUCUAAGCAACAACUCUACUGCUGUGAUUCUAUGUCUAAGCAACAACUCUACUGCUGUGAUUCAGUGUCUCAGCAACAACUCUACUGCUGUGAUUCUAUGUCUCAGCAACAACUCUACUGCCGUGAUUCUAUGUCUCAGCAACAACUCUACUGCUAUGAUUCAGUGUCUCAGCAACAACUCUACUGCUAUGAUUCUAUGUCUAAGCAUCAACUCUACUGCUGUGAUUCUAUGUCUCAGCAACAACUCCAUGCUAUGA